ACUUGGCUUGGGACCUCAGCAUGUGAACGGGCUUUGCAGGAGGAGGAUCCACCUAGAAUGUCAGCUCUGAAGAAGGUGUUGCCAGGCAUACUGCAGAAGCAUUGCUGUAUCUUACCAGACAGGAACACAGGUGUGAAGAGGUUGCUGAUGAAAUUGAAGAGCAGGGAGAUAUACUCAGACCAGCAGUAUUCAUGGUCGCCCUCGCAGUACUUCGAUGAGGACAGCCACUCCCCUCCACCCAGGAACAUGAAGGGUCUCUCCGGCGGCCGCCCUGCCCAGCUCCAGCUCACCUCUCCCACCUCAGCCCACACCUGCGGCCUGGCUGAAUGUGACCAUUCCCUGGACCACCACCUCCACUAUGGCGACUCACGCCCCCCCUCCUACCUCCUCAGCCCCACUGAGAGCUGCCCCCUUGAGGGUCACCACCGCUGCUCCCCACGCAGCUCCAUCCACUCCGACUGCAUGGUGAUGCCGGUGUCCAUGUCGGCCACCGACCACUCCAUCUCAAGUAGCACUUUCCCCCGCAUGCACUAUGGCAGCGCUUCGCGGGACAGCGGUGGCAACACCUCUGGCGGCAGGGAAUCCCGAGAUGACGGUGGUUCAUCCUCGCAUGGUGGUAGCAGCAAAAUGAACCGAAUCCCAGCAAACCUUCUGGACCAAUUUGAGAAGCAGAUGCCUCUGCACAGGGAUGGCUUCCACACAUUGCAGUACCAACGCACCUCCACUACAACCACAACUACAGAGCAGCGCAACGAAAGCCCCGGGCGAAUACGUCACUUAGUCCACUCGGUACAGAAGCUCUUCACAAAGUCACACUCUCUAGAAGGUUCCUCCAAGAUGAAUGGUACCAAAAGCGACUCACACCGGGACAGCUCACACCACCAUCAUCACCACCAUCAAGGCCACCACAAACACAGCAAACGCAGCAAGAGCAAAGAACGCAAAGCCGACAGUAGUGGGAAGCAACGCUCUGGAGGUUGGUGGAGUUCGGAUGACAACCUGGAUAGUGACAGCACAUACCGAACACCAAGUGUCAUGUCACGACAUCCUGUGGACCACAUCAGCCACUGUUACCCUGACUCAGUGCAUGCACACCUUGCCGGAGACCUGUCUCUAAAGACAUCUAAGAGUAAUAACGACGUCAAGUGCUCAGCCUGCGAGAGCAUAAGCAUGGCACCAGAAGGCAAGUUCAUGAAAAGGAGCUCCUGGUCCACGUUAACGGUCAGCCAAGCCAAGGAGGCCUACAGGAAGUCCUCACUCAACCUAGAGAAACCCAUGACGCCAACUGACCUCAAGCCCAACCUCAGGCCCUGUCACUAUCUACAGGUGCCCCAGGAUGAGUGGGGGGGUUACCCUGGCGGCGGGAAGGAUGACGAGAUUCCUUGUCGUCGUAUGCGGAGCAGCAGCUACGUUAAAGCCAUGGGGGACGAGGAGAGUGGAGAUUCGGACUCCAGCCCCAAAACAUCGCCUCAGAAGAUGGUGCGGCCGGAUGCCCUGGUCAAGGCCAUCAUCAGACCCAGGGAUCUGCUGGACUCUCAGAGCUCUUACCGCCUGGAUAAAAUCAACAGUGACAUGCGUAACUACAUCACCAAUUUUGCUGCAGACUUAAGUCAGAGCUACCACUUGCAAGCCACCAGGGACAUGCACCCAAGCAUUGCACUGGAUCCCUCUGCCAACUACAACUCUCCCAAGUUUCGCUCCAGGAACCAGAGCUAUAUGCGAGCAGUCAGCACCCUCAGUCAGGCUAGCUGUGUUAGCCAAGUGAGCCAGAUGAGUGAAACGGAAAUAAAUGGCCAGUUUGAAUCGGUUUGCGAGUCAGUGUUCAGUGAGGUGGAAUCACAGGCCAUGGAGGCUUUGGACUUGCCCGGUUGCUUCCGAACCCGGAGCCACAGCUACCUGCGAGCCAUCCAAGCUGGCUACUCCCAAGAUGAUGACUGCAUCCCGCCUAUGGCUUCCACUGUCACCUCCACCAUCAGAUCCACCACAGGGAUCCAGUUCUGCCUCCCCUCCACCUGCAGCAUUGAUCGGACUCCCCAGCAAACCCCAGCCAUCACCUACACACCCAACUACAAGAAGACCCCUCCUCCAGUCCCGCCCCGCACCACCUCCAAACCCCUCAUCUCUAUCACGGCCCAGAGCAGCACCGAGUCCACCCAGGAUGCCUACCACGAGGGGAGGCAUCCUCAUGGUGGGAUGUGGGCCCCUGACGGCCUCAGCCUGGGUAUGAACUCCGGCAGGGCCCUCUAUAACUCCGUCGACAGCCUGGACAGCGCCAAGGCCGUGACUAUAGCCAUGGAGGCAGCCGGAGUCAUUGCUGGAAAAAGACACCCAUCCACAGACAGCCACAGCUCAGUGCUCACCUGCGACAAGGCCAUCCUGGUGUCCAAGGCUGAGGAGUACUUGAAGACGCCUCGAUCCUCCAUAGGGAUACAGGUGGAGGCAGCCACAGACUCUGAAUCUGAAAGCAAAGGCUCGCGGGAAUACCACUCUGUUGGUAUCCAGGUGGAGGAUGACAAGAAAGGACAGGGCAGGUUCAAACGCUCCAACAGUGUGACUGCAGCUGUGCAGGCUGACAUGGAGUUGGAGGGCUUCCCUACCAUGGAGGACAAAGGCCUGCAGUUCGGAGGGGGCUUCCAGCGUCACUCAGAGCCCAGCACGCCGACCCAGUAUGGAGCUGUGCGAACCGUUCGCACCCAGGGGCUUUUCAGCUACCGCGAGGAUUACCGUACCCCUGCUGAACCCCCCAGCCCCAGGGAGACCACCAGCGAGACCACCUGGCAGCUGGAACCCCCCUCUCCACGGAAGAGUGCGGUCUCAUCAGGCGAGUCAGGCAGGGCCUCCCCCUCCCUGAGGAGAGAUGGGAGCUGGUUCAUGCAACUGCUUCACACAGAGACCAAGAGGAUGGAGGGAUGGUGUAAGGAGAUGGAGGCAGAAGCGGAAGAGAAUGACCUGUCAGAAGAAAUCCUUGGCAAAAUCCGAAGUGCAGUGGGAAGCGCUCAGCUGCUCAUGUCUCAGAAAUUCCAGCAAUUCUACUGGCUCUGUCAGCAAAAUCUGGAUCCCAGUGCCAUGCCGCGGCCCACCUCUCAGGACCUGGCUGGGUUCUGGGACCUACUGCAGCUCUCCAUUGACGAUGUCACCAUGAAGUUUGACCAGCUGCAGCAGAUCAAGAACAACAACUGGAGGCCCAUAGAUAGCCCUGAGAAGAAGCCACCAGCUCCCGUACCAAAGAAGACAGUUCGACAGAAGAGUAUGAUGACAAGGGAGAAAUCCCUGGACCUCCCAGACAGGCACCGGCAGGAGGCUCGGCGGCGGCUCAUGGCAGCCAAGCGGGCAGCCUCCUUUCGGCAGAACUCAGCCUCGGAGCGAGCGGACAGCAUUGAGAUCUAUAUCCCUGAGGCUCAGACUAGACUUUGAGAAGAUAGGGUCAGGGGCCAACGUGUCACCCUGCUCUCACAUUCAAACUACUUUAAAACUAGCCUUUUUCUAGACUGCUAUUCUCUCUACUCUUCCUUUAUCCAUCUGUUGUCUGAUCUCGAUAGCCAUCCUCAGCGCCCAUCACCAACACCAUUGGUCUGUAGGAUGUGCCAAACCUCUUCUCCCAUUGCCAGAAUAAGUGUUAGCAGUAAUGUAUGCCUGACAUGGGUUGGUUGGGAUUCUUGUUGGUUUGCUGGUCAUCAUGACACCCAGCCUACACGCACCUCAUCCAAAGUCCUGGAUGGGUGCGUCCGUAGUUUUUCAGCAUUUGCAAAGUGCCAUUUAAAAAGUGCAGCUUUGAAAAACCUACCAGCAACCAGGCCUUUGAGCUAAAAAAGAGUAAAUGGGAGAUGUAUUUAUUUCAAGUUGUUCAAAAAUGUUCAAAGUUAGUAACCCUUCAGUAUUUUUCAAUAAUUUAGGUUACAUUAUGACUUAGAUUCACUUUUGCUCUUUUUGUUUCUUUUUCGGGAUAAAUGUUGAUUAUGAGCUAAAAAUCACAAAAUUGUUGUAAGUUCAAACUAUGAAAAGUGCCAAUGCUUGAAAUACCUCAACUAUGUGCAUGUGGCACUGAUCACCCAUUCAAGGUUAUUCAGGCAGCCCUCAUAAGCUCUGGACUGGUCAGUGUUGAAAAAUGCAGCUUUCUACCCAAUCUGGUUGUAGUAAGUGAAACAUUUUUCAUGAUCUGGAUUGGUGGAAGAAUGACAUCUGUCAGCUCAUCAACAUGCACAUUUCACACAACUUUUCCUAUAUAUCUCAUGUUCCUGUUGCCAACUUUCAAAUAUUGACAUUUACUUGAAGCUGAAUACAUGCAAGUCUUGUGCCAACAUUUUUCAUUAUGUCAAUGCAGUAGAGAAAAAAACUAUGAAGGUUUGUGUAACUCCUUAGAUCAAAAUGUGUAGACAAAUGCACUUAUGCACUUAUUACAAUUCUCUCUAUUUCCAAGGGAAGUGUAUAUACCCAAGUUCACAAUAGUACUGCUGUAUUUUUGAAUUGUGAGCAGAAAGAAUAUUCAUUGUGUAUUUUUUCCCCAUGUCCACUGCCUGCCUGCCCUCUCUAUUGCUUUUGGCAAAUCUGGUUUUGUUGCAUACAUACAGUGGCUUGUUCACACACACAAAAUCAUACUGCUGUGUUUUCAUCUGAUAUACUUCUCUCAGGCCCUUUCAAGUAGCGCCCUCGGCCACCGUUAAUGAGGAGUGACAGAAAAACCUCCAAAACAUAAACAAAAUAUCUGCAUACUAGUUACUUUAAUCCAAGAAAUGCUUUGUGAUUAUCAUAUUUCUUGAAACGUUCUGUGUUGCUGAAAGUCUCCCUAAGCAGUAUCAUAAGUGCACUGACUCCCUCUAGGAAAAGCUCAGAAAUUAUGAAAAAUUGGGGCAAAGGCAUUCCAAAUGGAUACAAGCAGCAAGUCCCACAUAACUAGUCUCUGGUUGAAAGGCAGUACAUGAGGAAUAGGAUAUUUACAUGAUGUGGCUAUGCAGGCCUAUGUGGUAUUUUCUCACAAAACAAUGUAGCUAGAUAUAUAUUAGCUUGAGAUGCACUGGUUGCACCAGAUCUUCAUAAAUUCAAGUAGUCUAGUUAUACAUUAUGUGUUCACUAAGUGGAAGUAGAUAGAUAUCACUAAAUUAAAAUGGGUUUAUGCCAUGUCAUUACCAGAUAUUUAUACACACUAACUGCCAGGUGUAACUGUUUUGUAGCUGACUGAACCAACUGACAAAGCUAACGUUAGCUUGCUAAUAUAUGACCCAUUUAGAAGAGUAAGAGUUAUGAAAUAUGGUACUUCUUUAAAAUGCUGUUUCAUAAUCAUGUCAAGUGGCAUAAUUUUCAUUUCAUUUCCUGAAAGUAAUGCAAUAUGCCUCAAAGUACAAAAUGUUAUGCCAAUAACAACUGAAUGACUUGGUUAGGUUAGCAUAGAUAGAUAUGUCCAACUCACUCUAAACUGCAUGCUAACUCUGCAUCAACUCUGAAACCAUAAAAAGUAAUUUUUGGCCACUGUGUUUUAGCUUGUGAUGCUACAGUGAUGUGAUAUACUGUUUUCAUAAUUGAUUGCUUUUGAUUGGACAGUGCUAAUUUACACAUUGCUAAAGGUUUUACCAGCUUAAGAUACUACUUAAAUGUUAAUGGUGCAACCAGAUUUAGUAUAUCUCUUUUGAAACUAGCUAUUAGAUACUAAGUACUUCACUUUACACACAAAUUUUAAGGAAUUAAGGAAUAGCUGGUGCUGUGAUGUGAAAGUGGAAAACCAACAGUACAGUUAUGGUGGCCUUGGAUAAGAGUUUUCCCGUCACUAUAGAAUUGAAUUGCAGGCGAUUAUAAGUAAAUCAUAAAGAUAAACCAGAGCAAAAGCUAAAAUCCUGCUGCUCAAACUUUGGUUGAGGUUACUUGGAAGUUGAGUCUUCAUUGCGUUGCCAGUGAAUCAACUGUAGGACUAAAGUCUAUUGGUAAAACUUUGGAUAAUCAACCAUCUAAAAAUGGUGCUGCUUUUUAUUUAAUCAAUACAGUACUAGACAAACAAUCAAUGCAACACAAUGCGCUGUCAGCUGAUCGAUACUUUAUUUAAAAAUCUAUUUUUAUGACUUGAAAUUUUUUGGUUGAGUAAUUGUGCUAGUGUGCCUGGCCUCAUAAUGGAGAGGGCCAGGGUGAUUUCUCAUAUGGCAGUAACAAAAAAAGUAUUUUGCUGAGUUUUGUUGAUGCUUGUGUAUCUUGUUUUUGUACCUCAAUGCUGACAUAUUCGAAAUGAGAGUGGAAAUAUUGGGUCAGUGUCUGUCUGAGUCGACUUGAUUUCUCCAUUACUACCCAACUGUGGCCUGACCUGCAUCUCACACACACACACACACACACACACGUUCCCUGUGUCAUCAGCAUUCUGUUGAAAUAUAUUUUAGAUACCAAUGUGAUAGCGUGUCAUAAAAUUUCUUUUACAAUCCUUUUUUUUUGACAAAAUGCAAUCCAAUUUUUUUAAAUGAACUGAAUCUCAGUUGCUGCUGUAUCAGAAUGCGUGAGACAUUGUUUAACUAUUAAUUAUUUUCACAAAGUUCAGACAAUAAUUAGUAUAAAGUAACUAUCUUAAGUGCAUCAAAUCACUAUGUAGCCAAAGUCAGCCGUAGGGUGUGUAUUUCAAACAUGUAGUUCCACACUUCAACUACAGACUGGGCUUAUAGUAGCCUAUGGCUGAGUGUUACAUUGCACUUUUUAAGAAAACACACCCAUGUAUAAUUCUGCUGUUUUUUCAUUGCCGUGGCAGGGACCUGUAACUGUACAACAGUAGGUUUCUGGAAAUCGUCUGGGCUUGUGAUGCCAGGCAUUUGGCAGAGCAGAGACGAUCCCCUGCUGUUGCCACAGUGGCAGGCAGACAGGAGAGAGAGAGAGACAGACUCAGCCUGACAUAUGCUGGCUUAGAGGAGACGAGAGCUCCGCAUAGAGCCCCAAACUGCUGGUGUUGUAUGCUGUUGUGUAGCUGGGAGGCUGUUCUGUGAGGAUCGUGAGUCACUGCGCUGGGUAUUUUUCAGUCUGCCUUUGACUAAGCAAAGCAGCUUAUGUAAGAUUUUGGGUCCUUGGUGAGAUCAAGCAAACAGCCUCCAAGGCCCUUCAAAGCUUGUGUUGAUAAAUGUAUUGCUGAAUAGUGGCCUAUACUGUAGAACUUAAGCAUCAGCACUACAUGUAUUUGCUUCUAUCAAAGUCUACUCAGCUAGUUUCACUGAAAGCUGUCAUUGAAACAACAGAGGUGUUUUUCCCUUAUGCAAAUUGAUCUCGUCUGUGAACAAAAUGAAGUGUAUCCACCGCAUUAUUUCAGUUUAAAGCAUAUCUCUUGCUCCUCCAAGAGGCAUUCACAUAAUUAGGAGACCAUUUUUCUAUUUGGCCAUGAAUGGACCAUCUCAAAUAGCAAAGACAAAAGAGUGCCAGAAGUCACAAAGGAUUUGUGUAAUACAGGCACAGACUUCUUUUACAGCUUCAGUUAGAAGUGAGAACUGUGCUUGCAAAAAUCAUACAUUUAUUUUGAGAGUCAUUCCCCUUCUGGAAAAAUAUAUUACCUUGAUACCCCUGAGACUCUCUGAGCCAUUUUAUAAACUAUAAAGUUAAUCUGUCCGCUGUAAUGGCUGGGUCAAGUUUGUCUCCCAGAAAAAAAUCAUUUCCCAUCUAUUAAAAGUUUUUUAACCUUUUCAGUGGUUUUUGUCCAAAUAGGUAUGUACAGACUUUGAGAUGAGCAGCUGUGGGCUGUUUGUAAAGGCCUGUUACAUACAAAAUGUUCUUGUAUUGAAGCCUUGAAGCGUUUCCAGUGAGUAUUUUAUGUUGGAUCCUUUUGGCUGAUGCACCCUUGUGUGGUGUGUGUGUGUGUGUGUGUGUGUGUGUGUGUGUGUGUGUGAUACUGUGAUCACUGGAGGAUUCUCCACUUGUCAGGAAGUCACUGGGGUGAUUUUCUUUUUAAAAAAAUAAGGUAAUUUAACAGUCACCCACCAAAACCGUGUGAAACCCCAAGUGUCACAAUCAGUGUCACAUUUAAUGUCAUGAGGGCAGCAAUUAACUACAAGUGCCAUCUUUCUGACUUAUCCAGCAUACUGUAAAAUCAUUACUCUAUACAGCCACACAUCCUUCAUCGGUUUUGUGUUAGCAAUUCUGCCAUUGCCUACUGUACCUUUCCCCAUUUCCAGUCACACAUUUCUAUCAUUUCAGUUCCUUGACAUCUGUGGCCUCACUUCUGCUACGACUGUCUAUCCGCUUUUAACUCUAGAACCCAUGAUGUGAAAUAUUUCAAGGGGACUUUUUUCGUAAACCAUGCCGUGGAAAGAGUGUCAGACUCACUGAGAUACACUGAUACAACACUUCCUUGAACUUGGAAUGUGAAACAACUCUAUAAUUACUAGACAAAAUGAAAAAGGUAGUUGUUUAGCUAAAACUAUUUUCAUCUCUUGUAUAUCAUAUCUAUAGUGAGGAUGAAUAUAAUGCCAAAUAUUCAUUAUUUGUAAAGAAAUAUAUAUAGAUAUAUAAAUAUAUAAUAUAUGCUUCAUUGAAACAUAACUAUUUUCUGCUCUUGCUCAUGUUUUGUUGUCAUUUUUACUUUGUUAUGGUUAUUUUAUAAGCUGAUAUGAUGGCAUGCGAAAUACUGAUUCUGAAUGUAGGCUUAUUUAUUAUUUUUUUGUUACUAUUAUGACACUGUCCCACUGAUGUACAUUUGUUAUGUAUUUAUUUAAGUUGAUCACAUAUGCAUUUCUCAAUGUGUGUUAUUUCAGUGCUAUAUUUCCAGAAGUUAUUGUAUCAUUGGGUUAUUUUUUGUAUUAUUUGAGUAGUUUGCAACAACAUAUGCAUUUUCCUCUGUUCUUUCCUAGCUGAGCUAUUGAAAGAUUUUGCCUCUUUGAGUAGUUUGGUCAUUGCUGAGGUC